AACUAGCCGCCAUUUUACAUUAUCGGGACAGGAGUGAAAACCCGACCUACCCCGGGAAUCGUAGAUUUUUUUUUCUUUUUUUUUGUAACACCCUGAAAUCAGACAAAAUCAACACCGUGCACCUUAGUGAACUAUCAAAUGAUGUCUGGAGACAUGGUGACUGAUCAAGUAAAUGGAAAUGGUACAGAAGAACCAAUGGACACAACUACAGUGGACACAACUGCAGUGGACACAACUGCAGCAGAAGUUAAACAUUCAGACCAUUUCCAGACUUUAUUAGACGCUGGUUUACCACAGAAAAUUGCUGAAAAAUUAGAUGCAAUUUACGUAGCAGGACUGGUAGCACACAGUGACCUAGAUGAAAGGGCUAUUGAAGCGUUGAAAGAAUUUAAUGAAGAAGGUGCUCUGCAAGUCCUGCUUCAGUUUAAGGAAAGUGAUCUGUCGCACGUGCAAAACAAAAGUGCAUUUCUCUGUGGAGUAAUGAAGACUUACAGACAGAGGGAGAAGCAAGGGACCAAAGUUUCAGAUUCCACAAAGGGACCAGAUGAGGCAAAAAUAAAGGCUCUGCUUGAUAGAACCAGCUAUACACUUGAUGUGACAACGGGUCAGCGCAAGUAUGGAGGCCCCCCCCCAGAGUCUGUGUAUUCAGGUUCUCAACCCACUAUUGGAACAGAGAUAUUUGUUGGGAAAAUUCCUCGAGACUUGUUUGAGGACGAGCUGGUGCCGCUCUUUGAGAAGGCGGGACCUAUCUGGGAUCUACGUCUAAUGAUGGACCCACUUAGUGGCCUGAACAGGGGGUACGCCUUUGUCACUUUCUGCACUAAAGAGGCUGCCUCAGAGGCAGUAAACCUGUGUAAUAAUCAUGAAAUACGCCCCGGCAAACACAUUGGAGUGUGUAUAUCUGUUGCCAAUAACCGGCUGUUCGUCGGCUCCAUCCCCAAGAGUAAAACGAAAGAGCAGAUGGUUGAGGAGUUUGCUAAAGUCACAGAGGGUCUUAAUGAUGUCAUACUGUACCAUCAGCCGGAUGACAAAAAGAAGAACCGAGGUUUUUGCUUUUUGGAAUACGAGGACCAUAAAACUGCUGCUCAGGCCAGACGCAGGUUGAUGAGUGGCAAGGUGAAAGUCUGGGGGAAUGUGGUUACUGUGGAAUGGGCAGACCCCAUCGAGGAACCCGAUUCGGAGGUCAUGGCCAAGGUCAAAGUUUUGUUUGUCCGAAACCUUGCGAACAGUGUUACGGAAGAAAUACUGGAAAAAUCAUUCGGCAAGUUUGGUAGACUGGAGCGAGUGAAAAAGCUGAAAGAUUACGCGUUCAUUCACUUUGAUGAGAGGGACAGUGCAGUCAAGGCAUUGGCUGAAAUGAAUGGCAAAGAUCUAGAGGGAGAGCACAUUGACAUAGUCUUUGCAAAGCCCCCCGAUCAGAAGAGGAAAGAACGCAAAGCUCAGAGACAAGCAGCCAAAACUAACAUGUAUGAUGAUUAUUAUUACAACUACGGCCCCCCUCAGUUGCCCCCUCCCACAAGAGGUGGAAGAAGUAGAGGUGGUGGUAGGGGAGGGUAUGCUUACCCCCCUGACUAUUAUGGCUAUGAGGAUUACUACGAUUAUUAUGGUUAUGACUACCACAAUUACCGUGACGGAUACGAGGACCCCUACUACGGCUAUGAUGACUAUCAGGCUCCCGCAAGAGGAAGAGGGGGCAGAAGUGCCUGGGGGCCAUCACCAGCCAGAGGCCGAGGCGGUGCAGGUGCUUUCAGGGGCAGAGGUGGCUUCUCACCGCGUGGCGGUCCAGGAUCAAGCAGAGGAGGUGUACGAGGUGCCAGAGGAGGUGUGCAGCAGAGAGGCCGCGGCGGGGUACGUGGUGCAAGGGGUGGCCGCGGUGGAAAUGUAGGAGGAAAGCGCAAAGCUGAUGGGUACAACCAGCCAGAUUCCAAGCGGCGCCAGACCAAUAAUCAGAACUGGGGCUCUCAACCCAUUACUCAGCAACCGCUCCAAGGUGGUGAUCGUUCUGCAGGGAAAAGAGGUCGAGGCCGGUCCUGACCUGUAACUAUGAAGACUGACCUGCUACUUACUGUAUGUGGGGGUUACACCAGGAAGCUGCCAAUGGAAGUGAUGGUAAGGUCAACUCAAUGGUCCAAUGAUAUUCCAGCCUUAAAGCAGCAUAUCUCCCAGAACUGCUACAGGAGAAGAUGAUCAAAAGAGAACUCAAAUCACUUGCUUGGACUUUUUUAUAUUAACCUGUCACCUUCCCCCAUAUCCCCAAAGAGUAUGCCAUUUUAAAUGACUGAAGAUGUUGAGAUUUCCCAGGGGACUCUUCAUCCUGAAAUGAAAUGUAAUUAUGUAUUUGCACUUUGUCUAAGUUUGAAGUGGCUCAGAGAAGCUUGAUGCUAAUGUACAUUUGUGUGGUUAAUGCAGCUUUAUGCUGGAAUAGACAUGUUUUGAUUUGGAUUGGUUUUAAGAGAAUGUUUUAAGGCGUAAUCCCCUGGCGUAAAUAGUCAGGCAUUCCAGGAAGGUGGUUAUUUUCAGAAUUUAUUUUAAAGGGUUGGUUAACUACAGUGGUGAAAAAAGUACUGAAUUGUCAUACUUGAGUAAAAGUAAAGAUAUGUUAAUUAGAAAAUGACUCAAAUAAAAGUGAGUCACCCAGUAAAAUACUACUUGAGUAAAAGUAAGUAUUUGGUUUUUAAAUAUAUUUAUAAAAAGUAAUUGAUAACAUGUAAUUCAGUAUCAAAAGUCUACAUUUCAAAUUCCUUAUUAAGCAAGCCACACGGCACCAUGUUCUUGUAUUUUUAUUUAUUUACGGAUAGCCAGGGGCACACUCCAACACUCAGACAUAAUUUAAACGAAGCAUUUGUGUUUAGUGAUUCCGCCAGAUCAGCGGCAGUAGGGAUGACCAGGGAUGUUCUCUUGAUAAGUGUGUGAAUUGGACCAUUUUCCUCUCCUGCUAAGCAUUCAAAAUGUAAGAAGUAGUUUUGGGUGUCAGAAAAUGUGUGGAGUAAAAAAGUACAUAAUUUUAUUUCGGAAUGUAGUGAAGAAAAAGUUGUCAAAAAUAGUAAAGUACAGAUAAGCAAAAAAUUGACUAAAGUAAAAAUACUUUUAAGUACUACUUAAGUACUUUACACCACUGGUUAACUACCUCUGUACAGAGGAUUCAACUGCCCUGUUUUUACUGUAAAUAGGAAAACUUCAUUGAUGAAAGAAGGGCUUGUUCACCCACUAAAUAUUAGGACUGUGAAGGUACCAGUAUCGCACAAAAAUUUUUUUCCCAUGGCAAAAAUAACAACACGAAGCAGACAACUCUUUGUUACUUUAAACAUCUACUGUAUGUAAAGUAUUGUGUGCUAUAGCUUGGAAAGUAAAUACAUGUGACUGGAUGACACCAUAAUGUUUUUUCCAACUUUAGGGUUUUGUUUCCUUGCCACAAUACGAGUUUCGCGAUACUGGUAUCAUCCCGGCCCUACUAAAUAUGCACAAGAGCAACAGCAGAGCACAUGUAGUUUUAUUAUAGGUGCUGCAUGCUAUUUGUCCGACACUGCGAACAGUCAAACGCUGCAUGUUAAAUAAUCUCAUGUAAUGAGCCUGAAUGAACAAGCCUUGCUUUCAUCUAGGCUGAACUGAAUUUGCGGUGUGCUUCUUCAGAUAAUGUAGUUACUUACUGGUUGUAUUAUAGUUUAGGAAAAUGUUACUUUUGUAAAAGCUUGAACACCAGACAAACAACAUUUUUCAAGCUUUAAAGUGUCCCUUUGCUCAAUGGGAUAGGAAGUCUAACUUUUGUAUAUAAUCGCAUCCCUUUUGUAAGGUUGCGUACACUAAUGUUUGAAAGCCAUCCACCUACUUUGUGUACAGAUAUUUGCCUUAUCAUGUUGUACAACUUGAGCAUUGAUCAGACAUCCAACCAGCUGCCUUUUUGUCACAUUUGACAAGUGUCUUCAAUCUGCAUCAUGUUGAAUAUAUGAUUAGUAGCGGAGUUAGCUGGAUAUGACUGGUUUUAUCCAGUUCAAAAAGGAUGCGGCAGCUUUUUAAAAAUUGCAUAAAGGAUACUGAACAACUUGAUCAGGUUUUUUACACAGUUGACUCCCUCAGUAAGUCUAUCAUUAGACAACCUUUGAAAAUACCCGUGUUAAAAUAUUGUUGGCUGGCUAACAAGUUUUUUUUUUUUUUUUUGCAGUCUUGCAAAUAAAUUGUUUUAUACUGUAAAUUGAGGUGAGUAAUUUAUUUAAAAAAAAUAAAGGUCUUGAUUUGAUUGUA